AGCUGUCAUCAUCUCUUAAGUUAAACCACAGUCUCCUUUCAUUUCUUUAAUCGCAGUUUCAUUUCACCUCAAACCCACCACUCUCAACUUGAUGAUAAUCAAGACUCAAAACCCCAUUGUUGAAACUUGAAACUUGAAACUUGAAACAGCUGAUAUGACUGCUGCAUGUUGAAGUUCUGUAAUGGGUUCUCUUGAAAUCGAUGGUUCAUUAAAGAAGGAUCAUCAUCUUCUUCUUCUUCGUCCAUCUUCGCCUGUUGUCAGGAGUAUUGAGAGACACCCAUUUGGACAAAGACCCAGAUCGAGAUCCGGUAGAUGGAGAUUGUUCAAGAGGGUUCAUCAUUUGCACUGGAUUUGUGCUGUUUUCGUUUUCUUCUCCUUCUUGGUUUUCCUUCAGACUCUUUUGCCCGGGUCGGGUUCUGAUAAAUCAGGCGGCGGCGGCGGCGGCGGUCCUUGGAAGUCAAUGAAUAAUGGGGAUUCGACGUUUUGGGCAGAGAUUGAUGGUGUUGAUUUUGGUGAAGAUGUGAAGUUUGAGCCGGCGAGAUUCUUGGUUAAGUUUCAGACUGAGUCCAAUGAAGUCAGUUCAAGAACAGGAGUGAGAUUUGUAAACCGAAAGCCUCUUCUUGCUCUGGUCUUUGGAGAUCUGCAGAUUGAUUCACAACAGAUACUGAUGACUACAGUUUCUAUUGCAUUGAUGGAGAUUGGUUAUGAAUUUGAGGUUUAUGCAGUUGAGGAUGGUCCUGCAUUAGCAGUUUGGGAAAAAGUGGUCGCUCGAGUCAAUGUCAUUGGAAACAAUGGCACUAUAGAUUGGUUACAAUUUGAUGGCGUGAUCAUUGCCUCGAUAGGAGCCGUGGAUGUUUUCCAUCGUCUUCUGCAGGAACCUUUCAAGAAUGUUCCUCUUGUAUGGACCAUUCAGGACAACGCACUCUCAGAUCAUUUGAACAACAGAACAGAAUUGGUGAACGAUUGGAAGAAAUUCUUCAGCCGAGCAACUGUAAUUGUUUUCCCAAAUUAUGCUUUGCCGAUGUUUUACUCUGCAUUUGAUUCUGGGAACUACUUUGUCAUUCCGGGUUCUCCAGCUGAAGCUUGGGAAGCAGAUAUGAUAAUGACUUCGUUUAAAGAUGAAAAUGGAGGCCGAGGCAAGAUAGGAUAUGAACACGACGAUUUCCUUAUUGUUAUUGUGGGAAGCAAGUUCUUGUACAAAGGUUUAUGGUUGGAGCAUGCCCUUGUUUUAAAGGCCUUGUUACCAUUUAACACUUUGAAUCCUCAUUUUAAGGUUGUCAUCUUGGCCGGUGAUUCUGCGAGUAACUAUAGCAUUGUUGUGGAGGCAAUCGCUCUCAACUUAAGGUUUCCGAGGGACACUGUGAAACAUGUGGGUGUUGAUGAAGAUUCAGACAAGUUACUGAAUUUAGCGGAUCUUGUCAUAUACGGGUCCUUCCUUGAAGAGCAGUCGUUUCCGGACAUUUUGGUUAAAGCUAUGUGCUUGGGGAAACCAAUUAUCGCUCCCGAUUUGCCCAUGAUCAGCAAAUAUGUCCAUGACAGGGUGAAUGGGUAUCUUUUCCAGAAGGAUAACAUAAACGAUCUCACUCGAACGCUAGGAGAAGUGGAAUCGGAAGGAAAGUUAUCGCCAUUGGCUCGUAAAAUUGCAUCGGUUGGCCGACAGACUGCUAAGAAUCUUAUGGCAUUGGAGGCGGUUGAGGGAUACACUCUUCUCAUGGAGAAAAUACUUAAGCUCCCGUCAGAAGUUGCUGCCUGCAGAUCCAUCUCAGAUAUUCCGAUGAAACUGAAAGGGGAAUGGCAAUGGAAUCUAUUUGGGUCCACUGCUGAAGAAACGCAUGUUAAGACAAUGAGAUUCUUGGAGAAAAUUGAUGGAAUAUCGAAUCUUACUCGACUAGGGGAUUCUCGCGGUCAAGCUGUUCCUCUAGACGAAAGGCUCAUGCGUUUAAUCUGGAGGGAAGAGAAGUAUCUUGAGAUGGCUUAUAUGAGGAAGAGAAGAGAAGAUGAAGAGUUGAAGGACAGAACCGACCAGCAACGAGGAACAUGGGAGGAAGUAUAUCGAAGUGCCAAACGGGCUGAUCGUGUUAAGAACGAUUUGCACGAAAGAGACGAUGGGGAGCUUGAAAGGACAGGACAACCGUUGUGUAUAUACGAACCCUACAUUGGCGAGGGAACCUGGCCUUUCUUGCAUCACCCGUCUCUUUAUCGUGGAAUCGGGCUGUCUAGCAGAGGCCGAAGGCCUAGGGUAGAUGAUAUCGAUGCAGCUUCUCGACUUCCACUUCUUAACAACCCUUAUUACAGAGAUGCCCUGGGCGAGUAUGGAGCAUUUCUUGCAAUAGCUAACCGGAUCGAUCGAAUUCACAAAAACGCAUGGAUAGGGUUCCAGUCCUGGAGAGUUACAGCGCAAAAGGCAUCUUUGUCUAAGACAGCUGAAACUGCACUUUUAGACGCGAUCCAAGCUCGAAAACACGGGGACACCCUAUAUUUUUGGGUUCGUUUGGAUGAGGAUCGUAGGAACCCGUUACAACAGGAUUUUUGGUCGUUCUGCGAUGCUAUUAAUGCUGGGAAUUGCAGAUAUGCAUUUUCGGAGGCAAUGAAGAAGAUGUAUGGAAUAAAGACUAACGUUACUUCUCUUCCUUCAAUGCCUGUUGGCGGGGAGACAUGGUCCGUAAUGCAUAGUUGGGUUUUGCCGACGAAAUCAUUUAUGGAGUUUAUAAUGUUCUCAAGGAUGUUUGUCAAUGCUCUCGACAAACAAGUUUACGAUGGGCACCCGAAAACCGGGCAUUGUUACUUAAGUCUAUGGAAGGAUAAGCAUUGCUACUCAAGGAUGAUGGAGCUAGUUGUGAAUGUGUGGGCAUAUCAUAGUGCGAGGCGAAUGGUGUAUGUGAAUCCGAAAACAGGUGUGAUGCAAGAACAACACGUACUUAAGAACCGGAGGGGUCAGAUGUGGGUGAAGUGGUUCUCGUACACGACACUCAAGGGCAUGGAUGAGGAUCUAGCUGAAGAAGCGGAUUCAGAAGGGCCUUCUUCUAGAAGGUGGCUAUGGCCAUUGACAGGUGAAGUUUUUUGGCAGGGAAUUUAUGAAAAGGAAAGGAAUCUGAAGAAUGUAGAGAAAGAGAAGAGAAGGAAACAGAGUAGGGAUAAGUUAGAAAGAAUGAGAAGGAAACAUAGGCAGAAGACGAUUGGAAAGUAUGUUAAGCCUUCACCCGAAGGCGAGGAUGAAGUGGAAGGGGAAGAACGAGAAGUUUCGGUCUUGAACUUGAAUUCAAACAAAAACACAAACAAGACUACACAAAGAAGGUUAAGAUAGGAUAUAGUUUGUUUUGUUGGGUUCUUUCUUAAGAUAGUAU